ACAGCUCUCUGCCAUAGAGCCUCAACGACAGACAGACAGCCUACCGCUCGCUGUCCUGCUGCCGCUGCUGCGCGGAGCCCAGUCUCUCUCCACCCGAGCCCCGGCAUCGUCUCGCUGCGCGGGCCGGCUUGCCAGUUUGGUCGCUUUGGGUUGACUUUUUUAGGGAUUUGGGAAAAUUAAUUUUUUUCUGCGAGCUUUGGUCUCCAAUUGCCCUUCGUGACAUAUGGAGAAAAUGGCCAGGCCACUUCCUAUUAACCCAACUUUUCUGCCACCGACGCACGGCGUCCUGAAGUCCCUGCUGGAGAAUCCGCUGAAGCUGCCUUUCCAUCACGAUGAAGGGUUCGGCAAGGAGAAGGAGAAAGAGAAGAAGCUGGCAGAUGAGAGCAGCACAGCCAGCCACCCGCAGUCGGCUUUCCUCGGCCCGACCCUGUGGGACAAGACUCUGCCUUAUGAUGGAGACAACUUCCAGCUGGAAUACAUGGACCUGGAGGAGUUCCUGUCAGAAAAUGGCAUUCCAGCCAACACGUCGCAGGGCGAGCAGGUCACGCAGGCCGCACAGCCGCCUCAGGCCCCUCCCCCUGCCCCCCCCACCCCCUCUGUGGUGGACCUCAGCAGCCGCGCCACCACAUCGGUUCACACAAACAUGGCCCCUCAGACCUGCCUGCCAAGCCCCAGCACAGCAGCUUUGCCCUCAGCCAGAGACACUCCAAGCCCCAUCGACCCAGAGUCCAUUCAGGUUCCUGUGACCUAUGACCCUGACCCUGCAGAUCUGGCCCUGUCCAGCGUGCCAGGUCAGGAGAUAUUCGACCCCCGGAAGCGCAAGUUUUCUGCUGAGGAAUUAAAGCCGCAGCCCAUGAUCAAAAAGGCACGCAAGGUCUUCAUUCCUGAGGACCUGAAGGACGAUAAGUACUGGGCCCGGCGCAGAAAGAACAACGUAGCAGCAAAGCGCUCGCGGGACGCUCGGCGGCUCAAGGAGAACCAGAUCGCCAUCCGGGCCGGUUUCCUGGAGAAGGAGAACGCCGCUCUCCGUGUCGAGGUAGCGGACUUGAGGAAGGAGCUGGGCCGCUGCAAGAACAUUCUGGCUAAAUAUGAAUCCCGACAUGGGCCCCUGUGAAGCCCCCCCCACCUCACCCAUCAGCACCCUCACUCCCCCUCCAGUUUGAAGGACAGUCCUCCCCCCUUCCUCCCUCAUCCUGUAUGAUUCUGGUGUUUUAACUCUGUCAUUAGCUUCAUUUUGUCUCCUCUUUUAUUUCCUGUACACAUGGUUUGAGAGUACACGUACAUAGAUGAGUACAUAUAUUUACACAUACAUACUUCCCACUUUAAAGUGAGGGUCAAGGCCUGGGUGGAGACCUAUUUCAUCCACGCUUCCUGUUAGGAAAACGCUUCUGAAAGAGGCGUCUCCUGGCGGACCGACAGAGCGGCACUAAGGCAGUGGUAGACCCCCCACCCACCCCCCCCCUCCCGCAAGCACGCACUCACACAAGACUUACCCCUCAGGAGAAAUGCAGACACGGGUUUCCUGUUGAACGCAGUCAUCAGGUGAAAAGGGGAGGAGGGCAUUUUUUUCAAGGAGGCGAGCGGCUCAGAGAGCCAGCGUGUCAUGUCAGCAGGUGCGUGGCUGAGCCAGGUGGAGGUGCGGCUGCCUCGCCUGGAGACCAGUGCAGUGCAGCCACGUAGUAAUUUGCUGAUAACGUCACGUUUUUCAGCGUAGCCACCAGCCACAGCUGGUUCUACAUACAUGUGGAGCAGAGUUUUGACCUGAAGAUGGAGACAGAAUUAUGGUUUGGGGCUGAAAUGUUAACUUUAAAGUAAGUUGCACUAAACUGCCACACUAAUGAUUACACAUGUGUACACAGCACCAUUAGACACUCAUCUAUACAGGUUAUCAGCAAAAAACGUUCAUUUAGGCGUUACUUGCUCUCUAAUGUACUGUGAGGAGUUAUGAGCCAACCCCCCAGAGGCCCCGCCCACUUUCUACAUGAGAUCAGGACUCCUCUUCCUCUGUGACACAACCCUGCUUCAGUGGAGCUUAGUUUCAUUAGAAACCCCUUUUGGGAUCCUUCACACUGAUAUUUUUUGUCGGGUGGGGUAUCUUCUCCACCUCCUUUUGCUUCUCGCACGUGUUUUUUUUUAAUAGCACAUAAAUGUUCUGUGCGAUCCAGGUGUAGAUUUGCUGUAUUUUUUUAUUCUCAUGUUUUAUUUUCUGCAACACUCGAGCAAUAAUUUGUGUCCAAGCUGAUUUCUUGUUGCUCUGCUAUCCCGCCCAGCCUCAUCAACAGGUUAGUUAAGCUGGUUAGUUAACCUCUGCACUAAAGCGUGUCUAGCAAUCUGUCACCCCUUGCUUCAAAUGACUCCUCCGCCUCAUAUUUAUCUCCCUUUUAUUUCUCAGAUGGAUGAUUGUUUUUAUAUAUAAAUAUAUCUGUAUUCUGUUGACACACUAGUUUAGUAUGAAUACUACUCUUAAAAUUGUUGUUAUCCUAAUUAUUUUAAGAUUUCAGCAUGAUUUCUUUCACAAAACAGAACAUUUUUGGGUUUCUUUGCUAAAGUUGUUGAUAAUUCUUCAGCCUGUGUAAAGUUUAGCGUGAUAUACUCGAGUGUUUUGAUUCUAGGAGUCUCGCUGUGUUGCUGUACGUUUGCCUUCUUUUUGAAGACGUCUGUAUGAAUGUAAAAGAUGGAUGGUGUUGUCCAAUACUGUGGUUAAGCCGAUCGAGUUGUUUACCGCAGACCAAACGAGUUGCACCAGAGCUGAUAUAUAAGAGAUGUGUUUCUAUAAAGCUAUAUGUUGUUCCUUUUUUGUACAGUAUUUUUCCUAGAUGUAUUUUAAAGGCACAACACGUCCAGAGGAUUAUUAAAAAUGUUUAAGUAAAGAAGCAGAUAUUUUGAUAUUCUCUAGCGGGUAGGAGGAGCUUAUGUUGGAUCAGCGCAUUCAACUUUAUGGGCAUUAAUAUAAUCUUCACAUCUAUAUUCUAAUUACUUUAACACUCCAGUUAUGUUGGUAUCACUUGUAGGCUUCCAUAUUCUUUGGAUAAUUAAAAAAGAAGAGUUUGACAAUGCAACCUGGAUUAGAGAGUGUACAGCUUCUGACAUUCUUUCAGAUCAAUGCUGAUUUUCUGUAGGCAGCUUCUCUGGUUUGAUGGGAUGACGUUACUGUGACAUGGUCAAAGUGAUAGGCACUCGUAAGCUUUAUUUUACUGGACCCCUUAAGUGUUUGAAGUGCUGACACGUAAAAGUAUUUUUACACAAAUUACACCAAAAUGAUCAUUUGAGCCAUUUGGUUUCCCCAUUGCUGAAAUAGAAAUUUUUGUUUGGUGUGUGGAAGAACAGAAGUGCCACACUCUUUUAUUUAUUUAUUUUUUCACAUAAAAAUAUGAAUCAAAUCCAGCCUACAUACAUUCUCUCUUGUAAAAUUUGCCUCACAAAGGAGGAAAGUGUUUUCAAUCGGUUUGAAGAACGAGUUCAAACUUAGAUACACUAUUUGGGCAAUGUUGUGGUCAAAUUUACUUUGUAAAAUAAAGACUUUAUUUAGAAUAAUUCAUAAAUCCCUUGAUUAAAAGGAAGUGCUUCCUCUGUUGAUUCCCAUUUAAACCUUUUAAACUCACUGCAACAUUUGCAAAGGAGUUCCUAAGAUGUCUCAAAAUAUGGAUGCAAUUUCUCCGUUUACUUUGGUGGGUUUCAGGGCCUCUCUCGUGUUCCUGGAAUUUAUAAUUAAAAAAAAAACACAUUUAUGGUCAAAAUAGUAUGUUUUCACCAGUAUCUGGAACUCUUCAGCAUGAUCUCUUGAGAAUCCAGGGGUGCACUCCUGCUUAACCAAACCCGAUAUAAUACUUAGCAUAACAGUGCACCAGCCUGACAUUUUUAAGAGUUUCUUGCAGUUUCUUUGGCUUCGCCUUGUUAGUCCGGUGAUUGGCUGAUGUUAGUGUUAAUUGUUUUUAAACCUUUUUGUUUUUGGGGAUUUUCCAUUUUGACCCACAUUAAAAAAAGAUUGAAGUUGUUGUGGCACCUCUGGACUUCCAUAAACAUUCAUCACUUGUUUGUCCUUUUAACCGUUAAAACCCCGUUUCUGGAAUCUGAAAACCUGCGACCACGCAGUGAAACUAAACUGACAUUCUUACCUUGGAUGUGAUCGAACACUAAUGAUCAGAUCCAAAUGCAAGACUAAAGAUGAUUUUUACUCAAGCAUAGGGCUUUAAAUGUGUUUAUUCUUUCACGGUAUUUGCACAGGUGCACUUGAGUGCGAUCAGGGUUUUAAAGUGUAGACUGGAAUGAUGCCUCCUUAAUCAACAGAGCAUCUAUUUAUGUAAACAUACAAAUAUAGGAAAAAAGCCAAUAUUUAAUCACAGAUAUCCCAAAUGUACCUCACAUUUAAAUGGUUCCACUACCUCACCUGGAAACGUAAACCAUAAUUUUGAGUAUUCCAGUGCCUUGAAUUCAUUGACUGUUCCACAGUCCCUUCAAUACAGCACCAAACAAAAACAAGUUCAGAUCGGCACCAAAGGGCUUCUUGGUGCAGAAAAACCUGAAUAUUCUAAACACUGGCAACUAUCUCAUGUCUUAUUUUGGACAUUGCGACAAUUUGUAACCAUUGUAUUCAUGGCAACACCAACAGUCUGUCUCAGAGUGUAGAAAAGUGCAGCAUAAAGGAGCAACUGUUUCAUGGGGUGGAUGCAUAACAUUUCUCUUUGCUGUUCUGCCCUAAACUUAUCUGUCUGUAAUUUUGUCUAAUAAACCCCAGUAAUUUCA